UAUAUUUCAUGUUUUUAUCCUCUUAUAUGAGUAGAUAAGUUUUGAAAUGGUAAAUUAAAUUUUCGAUUUCAAGCGAUAUAUAUCGAUGUACAUUCGAGAUAUGGAACAAGCGCCAAUUUCUUUUAGUUUUCGGAUGCGUGUAGCAUCCGAACCUAUAAAUUACAUACUGUAAUCGUAGAAAAUAUGACACAUGCCGAAAAAUGAAUUAUAAUCAGUAUCAACUGAUACAUUAUCAACAAAAACCAUCAUAAAAUUUAUAUCAUUGACAAGUCGAAUAACAUUGCGAUAUAUAUUAAUAUAAACUCCUGAACAAUGUCAUCGUUCAUUCUUUCGCACAACUUGCAUUUAAUGAUGUUAGAGAUUGGUGUGCAAAACUUGUUUGUUCCUUGGACUACGGCAUUUGACAAAGUUAUCCUGAAGAAGACAAUCGUCUUGUUUCGUAUGCUGGAUGACGAUUGGAUAUCGCUGUCGCCAAACCGACGCGAUUCUCGUCCUUAUCAAGGAUCCAAUUAUGAGAAUGAAAAAUUUUAUGGCGGCAGUUCCGUUGUCUUUUCUGUGCCAAUGGAUUUCUUUGAGAAAAAAGCGAACGGCAUUGAUGUCCAGUUAUACGUUCGGAAACAAGUGUGCGAACAUUUUGAAAUGGUCUCGCGCCAGAAAAUCGGCUUCGUCGCUAUAUCGGUUGAUAAUCUGCUGAACAGCAUCGCCAAACAGAUUCGCGAGCGGAACGAAUUGAAGGAACAUUUGUCGGACUUCUAUAAACAACAGAUUAUUUCGAGGUCUAUGAUGGGAACGUACACUUUGUUGGACGAGAACUUCCGGAACACCGCCGCCACAAUUUCGCUCUACAUUCGGAUCAGUUAUCUUGGCAAAUGCCUCAUAACGGAAAUCGCGCAAGUCGAAAGUAUACGCGAAGCAUUUUAUAUAUCUCGCGGAGACUUGGAUGAGAAACAGUCGUAUUUCUCUCGACAGCUGACGUCGAAGGAACUUCAAAGCGGUUGUUGGGACGAUGAUAGUUUACUUCGUGUUCCUUCUGGUAGUUUAACAUGCCGCUGUGAGAAGCUCGUUAAAAAGGAGGCCGCGGAUUUAGUCAGUAAUUGA